AUGCAGUUCCUCAAUCUUUGCCUGAUUUUCACCACCAUUGUUUUGGCUACCGGAUCACCGACCUUGGAGUAUGGAGCACCACCAAGUUCGGAUACGAUCAGUCAGUACCACACCCAGGAUGAGCAUGGUCAGUAUGCGUAUGGCUACAUGGCUCCACUCUACUCCAAGCACGAAACGCGAACCUUGGAUGGUGUGAUCCGUGGAACCUUCUCCUACGUGGAUGCCCGUGGUGAAACUCAGACUGUGGACUAUGUGGCCGAUGCCGAGGGUUUCCAUGUGACCUCCAGUCUGCCAAAUCAGCAGGCCAAUCAGGAAACACCGGAGGUGGCUGCCCUGCGGGCUCAGCAUCUGGAAGCCCACAACCAGGCCAAAUUGAGGUUGGCCGGAGACUCCUCCGUCGGUCCUCAGCCCGUUCAGGAUACUCCCGAGGUGGCUGCCGCCAAAGUGGCAUUCUUCAAGCGUUUCGAAGCCGAGAAGCUGCGCAACCAAUUGCUCGCCGAGAAGAAGGUCGCGGUGAUAGCACCUCCAUCUCCCAUUGCCGUUCGCUCCCAGCCGGUAUAUAUCUAUCAGCCCACCACAGGAUUCGUCUACAACUAUCACACUAAGUCCCAGGCUCAAGUUCCCUUCAGAAACUACCUGCCAGUGGCCUAA